CAAAAGGAGUGGAAAGAAGUAUUGUUUCAGAUGUUGCCUAUGUUAGAUAGUCUUCAUAAGUAGAGAAGUAUUCACGUCGCGUCAUCAUUCUGCAUCGUCAUCACAACAACAACAACAACAAUCAGGUUUUUCAACCGGUUUAGUUAAAACAUGUCUCUCUCGGGUGCUACUAGUGACAGUGAUCCGGCAGGGGCCACGGGGGCUUUUGGGGGAGGGGGACAGGAAGAGGAAGAAUGGGAACUGCCUCCACCUUCGAUGAGGACUGACGAUGCACGGAGUCAGGAUGAGUUGACGAAGGACUUGUUCAAGGUUGAAGAGGAGAUUCGAACAUUGCGACAGGUUCUGGACGCGAAGGAGAGGAAGGCGGCUGUAAUCCGGAAGAAACUGGGCAUCACGCCUCUGCAGCUGAUGAGCAAAGAUGUGGUGAACAGCUUCAAGAGCCUCAAAGAGACAUCUGGUGCGGCUAUUCAAAAAGUGGCGGCUGCGGAACAGGUGCAGAAACUCAAUCAGUCCAAUGUCAUCCAGUCCAGCAAGUCUGCCUUUUCAAACGCGGCUACAUACACCAAAACUGGCAUCACUUCUAUCGGAACUGGCAUGAAGUCGGGUCUCAGCAACCUCAACUUUUUCGGGUUCGCUCCGGCUACCGGCGAGGCAACCCCGGGGGCUUCUGGAGGCACUCACACAUCGGGGGGAUUGGUUCAGGAAGAUUCUAAAAAUGACCGAGCAUUAUUCGCUGGAGGAACAACAGAUGUGAAGAAAGAUGAAAAAGGAACGUCGGCAAAUGGUCACGGCGAUCAGACUAUGGCCACCUAGAAUAGGAACAUCGAUGUAAUAAUUGUAAUAAAGUUAAUAAUUAGAUUCGAAACUUUCAUGCUGUAAGUCAUUUACAUCUUAUGGUGUCACGUAUUUUGUGUUCUGGGAACAAUUUGCAUGGGUAUGCGUGCUAAGAAUUGAUGGGCCUUCAUUUUUAUUUCGGUGCAGUGUUCACGGCUUUAUGGCGUUAAAUACUUUUAUCAUAUCAAAAAGUGGAAUUAGAUCUCGACUCACGUAUGGAAUUGAAAAUCACUAGUGAAAAAGGUAUUGGUUCAAAAAUGGAAUUUAAAAAUAUUAAAUUGUACGAAUUGUAGUUAAAUUUGUUCCGUUGGACUUAUCGAUUGGUCCGAUUCUGUUACUUUAUCCUAAUUUUAUCUCCUGUUUUUGGUAAUGUUUAUAUUUAAGUUUCGCACAGACCUUUGUUUUCUUGU